CCCAGGUUCCUUAAUAUUGGAAAACAGGGUUAGUCACAGUGCACAAUUUAAGCCAAACGAUCUCUGCAUUUCUUCACGGUAGCCGUCCAACGAAACUAAAAGACGGUCGGAGUCGGAGCGAUACGGCGGGGAAAAUGAGCGGAGCAGCGAAGAAGGCGUCCGACGUUGCGUUCAAGGCCGGCAAGACCAUCGAUUGGGAAGGAAUGGCGAAGCUUCUCGUCUCCGAUGAGGCUCGCAAGGAGUUCGCCACCCUCCACCGCGCCUUCAACGAGGUCAACUCCCAGCUUCAAACCAAGUUCAGCCAGGAACCUGAACCCAUUGAUUGGGAAUAUUACCGAAAGGGUCUUGGUUCUCGCCUGGUGGACAUGUACAAGCAGGCAUAUGACAACAUUACAAUCCCCAAAUUUGAAGACAAAGUCACUGCUGAGUACAAACCAAAGUUUGAUGCCUUGCUUGUAGAGCUGAAAGAAGCUGAGCAGAAAUCUCUCAAGGAAUCUGAAAGGCUCGAAAAAGAAAUCGCCAAUGUCCAAGAGCUGAAGAAAAACCUCAGCACUAUGACAGCAGAUGAGUACUUUGCUAAGCAUCCAGAGCUAAGGAAGAAGUUCGACGAUGAAAUUAGGAACGAUUACUGGGGUUACUAGUCAGUCAUGUGGAUCGAACUGCUUUUGGUGAACUUCUAUUCAGUUCAUCCUUUGAUUUAGAAAUAAGAGAGAACUGAUUUCUUUUUGUUUCUCUGCCUUACAAAUUCUCAAUUACCAAUUUCCCUACAUUAUACUUGUUGUGAAGGCAUGUGUCUCUUCAAUUUAAAAUCAGGUUGAUGAUGAUACUGCUGCUUGCUUUCUCAAUUUUUAGUUUUAAAUAUUCGGGUUUCGGUCGGGUUGAUUAAAAUCUCAAAUCCGGA